AUGAUGGGAUCAGCGCUGCACAGCCUGACAUCCGCAGAGGAUGGACUUCAUGCAACGACAUGCUUGUCCGACAAGCGGAUUGCGCCCCGAAGAAAACUUCAACCAACUCCUCGAAAGCAUCCUACGAAGCUCGUCCGAGCCCUUUCGACAUCUCCUCCGUUUCUUGGUCAUCACUUCAUGUCGGGUCAAUUCCGCCUGCAUCCCGAACCAGGCACCGAGCGUUCGGUGCCGUUGCGUCCGUGGAAAAAUGCCUAUCAUACAAUCCGUCAUGGGCAUAUUGGGACAGCGCUGCUUUUGCCUCACGUCCUCCUCCCCAUCUACGGCAUCUAUGUCUUGGCCCACCGAUCCGGGUACUGGACCGCCGAGUUUGAGCGCGGACUUGCCUUUGCCAUUGCUCUGAUUCAGGGCCUGUCGUUCGGCUCAGUCAUCGCUCUGUCCAUCGUUCGCUUCAGCUCCUCGGGCAAAGCCAUCAAGGGCCGACGUAUUGAAAAGACGGCCACCGAAGAGGAGGAUUACAAGCAGUACCGCAUCGAGUUCUUCCUUCGAGUCGCGACGUACACCUUUCUCGGUACCAUCCUGUGGGAGUACCUCGUUCACUCCAAGUACUCGCCCGUCGCCGACGAGCAGGCACGAGACACCUCUUCUGGCUUCUUGACCGCCUCUGGAUCGCUGCGCAGAUUCUUGAAGAACGAUAGUAUCCUGCCUCGAGCUGCCGAGAGCCGCGACGCAUAUUCGGGCCUUGGUCUCAACUACAACCUGGCUGACAAGGCGAAACAGUUCAAGAAGGCCGUCGACGACUCGCCUCGCAUCCGCAUUCCUGGAACCGGUGCUCCGCCAAAGAGCAUCUUCUUCGAAACGUACGAGAAAGUCUGGAAGAAACUCACCAGCGGUCCUCGACCCGGUCUGUUCGAAAUUGGUCCCAAGACCUGGGUUUAA